AUGCCGCGCCUCGCGUCGCUCUCCAUCAUCCUUCGGCGUUCAGCUGACUCUGACGACCAGGGCGUACGAUCGCAGCGCGGAGAUGAACGACACGGCAUGCCAACCCUGUCUGUGCUAGAAGUUCUCCGCGUGGCAGGCGCUCCGGUGGAGAUCGGGGACAUCCUCCAUGCUGUAGACUCGCCGAUGUUGCACACUGUGUCCCUCUCCGUCACCGUCCCUGACCACGACACGGACGGCUGGACACGAUGCGCGUCCGUCCUCAGCGUGCGCUUCUCAACGUCGCUCCGGACACUUCACAUUGAGUGUGUUCGGUCGGGAAUCGGGGUUCCGGACCGCGCGCGGCCGUUCGCGCAGUAUAUCAAGCCGCUGCUUACCGUCCGGCAGCUGCGCGAAUGCGCGAUCACUAUCGAGGACCCAGCAGGCGUCGCGCUAACCAACGAGGACCUUGACACUAUGGCAUGUUCAUGGUCGUCCCUGGCAAUCCUUGAGGUGGCAUUUCGUGGAGGACGAACAACAGUACCUCGACCACCGAUAACCUCCCUACCCGCCUUCGCAUAUCGCUGUCCAGGACUCACAACGCUUCGACUCCCGAUCAGCCAAGACCUCACCUCUCUCAGGUCGGAGAUGGCGAGGACGUCAUGUUCUCAGGGAGAGUUACGCGACCUGUGGGUGGCGGGGGUCUCUUUCUCGAGGAAGGAGACAGAGCUCGUCACCAAAUUCCUUCUACGUAUAUUUCCGAAUAUAGACCUCCUGCCGAUGGUUAACGCAGGCGUACUCCAUGUAAACUAA